CUCACAGCCACCGCCAUAGCCCAGAUGAGAGCAACAACGACGCACCACUCCUGCGUCGGCGAACAAUAAUGGGCCACUCGCCUCGGACCUUUUUGUGUCUGAGAGCACUAUUUUGGCACUGGCUCACCCCAUCUAGCGUUUUCUUGGCCAACACCCUGACUCCCGCUACAGCACCCUUCACAAACGCGCGAGGCAUCGAGCCCGAUAAUUCCCGUCGACGAGAAGUAUAUCAAGCGGACGAGGACCAACAUCACCUGCACCAUGUGGAUGACACUGGCCAGCACCUGCUUUCGUCGGAAAAACUGCCUUCUCUCGGCGAAAGGAUCCAGAAUUGGUUUCACAAAGUAGGCGGAGAAUCUUCGUCUCAAGUUCAACAUCCGGCUCCAACAGUUACUGCGUCCGCUCCUGAAGUACAACACGUGAUCUCGUCCUCGCCAUCAACUACCAGCAGAGAAGCCCGUGGCAGUGCAAAAACCAACCCGCACCAGCAGCAGCGGAGAGUUAAAAACAGCGCCGCGUCGAGAGGGCAAGCGGCUGCUUUUCUGGCGAAAUCCUCGCAGGCACGAUCAUCUGCCUCGUCGAGACCCAAAGUGGCACAAGAUGAACUCGUCCAUCAACAACUUCGACGGGGCGGCCGUGGCAAGAUCCGUGGGACGGGCCGGUCAAGCAGCAAUCUUCGGAACAACAAACGCAACAGGCAUGAUUUUCGCGCCCUUGCAAGAUCGCAAAGAAAAGCUGCUGCGAGGCACCUCCAGAGUAGCAAAUCUCAUCAUGGCCAUCGAGUGAAGCAGGGCCUGAACCUGGUGAGCACAGCUGCAAAGAAGAGUUUUCAAAAAGGAACUACUGACCAGAAAACUUCUAAGCUCAACAAAAGUAGCAUUUCCAGGCGUGUAAGGCGAAACAGGCAGUCACCAGAAGGUGAGAGCGAACAGGAGGACAAAAACAAAGACAGCGAUGAUUCCGAUGAAAGAAGCGGUGGAGCAACACCAGGUUCGGAAAAUGACAAGGCAAACUCCUCCGGCGCUAGUAAUCCGCCGUCCGUCCAACAGCAACCUGAGUUAUGAACUGCAAAAGUAUCGGUGUCGUAUAAAUGCAUUACAAAUUUCCUCAGCAUGAAAAAUUGAAUUUGUCAUGCUAAAUUACCUAAGAAACCAGAUUUGUCAUGCUAGCCUGGCAUUUAUACGAGUGCGAUACUUUUGCACAGGAUAUGAGUCUGAGGACGUUGACAGUGCGGAUGUGGAAGAGAGCGGAGAGACGGCGGACGGAGAUAACACUCUGGGAGCGGGGAAGAUUGAGAAAAGCGGCGAGAAAACAACAAACGCCGACGUUGCAGGAAGAGAUGAUGAUGAUGAUGAUGAGGCCUCUCCGUACUCCGACUCGCAAGGGCGUGAGGAACUCGGGGACAGUGCGGAAAAUGAGGACGAGAAAGAUGAGGAUGAAGAAAAUGAAGAUGAGGAAAUUGAAAAGCUAAGCUACAUCCCGCCCGUUAUCAUCCCGGACUUAGAAGUCCACGACAACCACGCACCGUCGUUCCCGGAAAUGUACGGGGAUCUGUACCCGAACUGGAUUCCGGUGCUGAAAGAAUUCGAGAAACGCAAGUCCUCCGCUUUUGAAACGCUCCAGAUGGAGAUCAACUCGGCCACCUCCGUUUUCACCGCGUUGGCAAAAGUGAGGAUCAUCGCGGACCGGCUGUUUCUAAGCUCUGCAAAAGUCAAUCGUGCUCUCGUAUGAAUCGCAGUCAUGCGUGACAGAUCUGUUUUCUAUACGGAAAUUUAGCAUUACAAUUUCCAUUUCUCCCUCUGAGAAAUUUGUGAUGCUAUUUUUACUACGAGUACGACUACGAGGAAAAGAUACUAUUGCAAUGCAUAGUUUGCGCACUCCGAUGCCAGCAUCGACGUGAAAAACAUCACGGACGCGAACAUUGAUGACAAAGUCGACGACUACGAUGUGGACGAGUUUUCGGUGGCGUUGAACAAGUUGGACUCUGUAUUCUGGGUGAAAACGUUUUCCACAUAUGUAAACUCUUGCAACACAAAUCCAGAACUCUUGGAGGUCACACACAUGAGAAAUUUUCGUAUCUGGAGUGUAGCGCAGAUUUUCAGCAAGGACAGUCCGUCGCACUCAAUCGCAAAGCUCCAAGCAAGCUGCUUACCCUUUUUACACGUGCGUUACAAAUGCCAAAACGCGACUGGGAGUGCCCCACGACAUGGAGAGGCUCGCUCUUUGCAGACGUUCCUGCACAAGAACAUGCAAAUCUGCAUGACAACUUAGCUGUGGGGACGUUUCUCCUCAGGAUGCUUUGCGGUGGUGGUGCACACGCUGUCCUUGAACAAACUGCAGACGGCUAUUGCGGCGGAGGGACUGUAUAAUAUUGAUUUUUCCGUUGUCAUCAAUAGGAAUCUGUCAUGCAAUAAAUGGACCACCACCGUGUUUGUCAUGCGGGUAUGCGGGCCUGUGAUUCGAUUGUGGUGCAGGUGCUCCUGUACGAAGAUGCUACUGGUGCACCGCACGAGUUUGUCAUGCUAAUUUCAAAGAUGAAUCCUUCUACACGAAUAAAAAUAUUACAGCACCCGUGCCAAGAACCGGAUGGACUUGUGGCUGGAAACCUGGUCCUUGGACAUGAAGCACGCGGUGAAAAAGUUGACCGGGUUUCGUGCUUAUGCACUGCAAAGGUAUCGCACUCGUCCUAAUUGCGUUUAUGCAUUACAAGUCUGGCUGUUGAGGUAAAUCGGCAAUUUGUCAUGCCGAGUCAAUUUGUAAUGCAAUAAUUACUAUGAAGAGUGCGGUACUUUUGCAAUGCAUAGUGCUUUAAUCCUGAAAUGGCUUCUCUGCAGCGGCGGCGGCGGCGGGGAAAAGCAUUUGCAAAACAACGAUGAAUGCGGGGAAAUGAAGAAAAAAGCCGACGAAUUGUUGAAGGAGACAACCGAGGCGUGGAGCAACCUGUUUAUCACAGUGCACAACUCCCCCUCACCCGCAUUUCUUUCUGUGGCAUGAAAAGGAAUACAGACACCAGCACACGUGGAGCCUGUGCAUUACAAAUUUGCGUGCCUGAUCUAGUACUGUUUGUGCUCCUUCAGAAUCUGUCAUGCAAACAGUGCCACAAAGGCAAGGCAGCGCAGCGACUGGAUUUGGAUUCUCGCAUGACAAAUGAGGGGGAGUGGGAGCAGUUGUGCACUCUCAUAUUGUUGGAAUCAGAAACGGAAAACUAUUUCUCGCUGGGGGUGAAUUCCGGGAUGUUGGUAUCGAAAGGAAAAAUUCCUCCUCCCCACAUCAAAACGAAAUCUCUGAUGCUGGAUUUGUGUACACAAAUCCGAGAUGUCUUGCGGGAGAGCACUGCGAGCCCAUAUCAAGUGUGAGUAGAGAGGUUUUGGGCUAGGCGCUUAGCAUGAAAAGCAUCCGCGCUGCAGGCCCAACAGCAUGACAAACCGUCUGCACGAUGCCGCGGUUGUCUGCGCAGUUGCCUUCUUGCAAGACAAACACGAUUUGUGACCACAAAUCGGCGUCACAGAUUUCCAAAAAUAUACCUUUUCAGUAUGGGGAGGCGAGAUUUUUCCUUUUGAUAGUUUGGCCUGGACGCGUUUUUGACGGAGGGAGAUUCUUGUCCGGACUGUAGCACCGAUAGCACAACUGCAAACGGCAACGGGAACGGGGGAGAGGAAAACGGAAAUGACGAGGGAACAAGAAGUACUUCUUCUAGCGAACAAGAUGCGGCGGAGUCGGAGAGUACGAAGGUAGAAGAUGAUGAAGAUGACGAUAAAACAUCGACCAGUGGAAAUGGACCGCUGGAGAAGAAGGAGGAUGGGGAGUGAGACUGAGACAACUUAAUAAAUCUGCGGGAGAGCUGUGCUAAACUAGCGCUACUGUCCACGACGCUUUGUAUGAUUCGAGAUAAAUUAUAUGUUUCGCAGCUGGCUUUCUUUUGAAUUUAGGUGAACUAUUAAUGCGGCUGGAAUCGAGCGAGCUGCCGUGAUAGCACGUCGCACUUUCUCAGGAUAAGAGAACGAUUUAACAAAAAUGCCGAAGAUUGAAGUAGCAACACAAAGCUUCCACCGCGAUGAGAUCGCGACGAGCAAACAUCCUCUGACUCGAGAAUAAAGAUGAUUUUUUGAUGAACAAAACCGAGAACAAAGAUGAGUUUUUGAAGUCCGUUGUGAGAUUUUUAGGAGAUG